AUGGUGCUGGACCGGCUAACUGACAACCAAUCCGGCAAAACACAGAAAGAUUUCAUCGAUUUCUUUGACGCCAAUUGGACGGAAGAGGUAGUACGAGACCUCUACACAGCACAAAAAGGCAAAGGCCGUGGGGGGAAGGCGGCGCCAGCACCACCCGUGGCAGUGCCGCGUAUGCAAUUGGAGGCGUGCGUGCACGUGUGCUGCUUUCCCGGAGGUUACCAACCCACGCACCGGCUAGCCGACCUGGCCUCGACUAGUGAAGCUGGUUCGUUUGCCUCGCGAGUGUACAUGACGUACGGUGUGCAUCCACACUCGGCAUCGCAGUACGACGACGCGCUGGAGAAGGAAAUCGAACAGGCCAUGAGCCACCCGCGCACCGUGGCCUGGGGAGAGUGCGGACUCGACUUCUUCAAGAACUUGUCAGAGCAAGAGCGGUACUUUGCAGAGCUCUUCAUCUUGAACCGAUCGCACUUUGCCGACAAUCAACAUUGCCACAACGAGCAGGACACAUUGCGACUCUUGAAAGAGCACGUGCCUACCGAGUGGAAGAUCCACAUGCACUGCUUCGGCGAGUCCCCGGAGAUGGCCGGCGAGCUGCUGGCCCUCUAUCCCAACGUCUACUUUGGCUUCACUGGCGCGAUCACGUUCGCCAAGGCCGGACGGGCGCCCGAGGUAGUCAAGAUGGUGGCCGAACUCAAGGGGACCUCACUGGCCGAGGUCAUCCGGGCCACCACCGAGAACGCGCGGACCGUCUACUCUCUGCCCAAGAGGGAAUGA